CUCAAUAAGAAACCACAGUAGACAAACUAAAUUGAAUUUUUUAAGCGUAAUUCUCUUCUAUACGGUAAUUAAUAACCUUGCUAUCACAAUACGUCUUUUCCUAAAUAUAUCGAUUUUGGUUCAUGCUGGAUGCCUCUCACUCAACGCACCAACAUCCCAAUUCAGUCAAUGUAAAAGAAUUUGGGAAAUUGGACUCUUUUUUGAGACCAAGCAUUUGUAAAUAAAGUAAUACAUAUUAUUUUAUAUGGGUUCAACUACUCCAGAGGCAAUUGGCUCUACAAGGUUGUCACAGAAUACCUCCGACCGUCCUUCGGAGCCAUUACCAGUAGCUGAGUCUUACGAGCACGGAAAAGAUGAGGAAUCAGAAACGAACACUUCUGUAACACAAUCUCCUACGAAUUCCGAACGACUAACGUAUGUGUUAGAUGAUAAUGCCGAUACGAAAGCUCUGCAGUCGUUAUACAUUGAGAACGUGUACGGAGGAGAGCCAACAAGUGUUUAUAGAAAGGUUAAAGAUUACAAUUUUUAUGAAAAAAAUGAGGAAAAAUUUCAUGAGCACAAACACGUAUUUGUAAACGUCUUACGCAGUCGACGAAAAGCACUUGAUGAAAAAGUUAAGCACCUCAGAGGUACAUGGAAUCAGUUAGCAAAUAGAUGGGAAGAAAAUAUGCUUCGUAUUGAUCGCUUUACAGAGCUUGAUAAAAUGAAAGGCUCUAAGAGAAUGGAACCUUCUGUGAAGAGGAGUACUCGUAAGGUCAUGAGUAAUUUCACUGCAGGAGACAUCGUUCACUCCGAAGAAGAAUUUCUUGCAAUCCUCGCUCGUUUGGAACAACAAGAAAAAGAGGCCGAAAAUACUGCUAAGAAUUCCGGGCUAGCUCAUAUUCCAAACAUGGUUUUAAGUGAAGACGAUGUGAAGUCAGCGUUUUUUAACGACCAAAGUAGACUCGUCAAAAAUCCCUUGGAUUAUUAUCACUUCAACUCUCCUGCUGACAUUUGGACAGAAGAGCAGCAUUCUAUAUUUGUACAGCAACUAUUGCUUCAUGGAAAGAGGUUUGGAAAAAUAGCAGAGGUCGUUCCUGGUAAAAGUGUAAAAGAAUGCGUUUUACAUUAUUAUUUAACAAAGAAGAAAAACAAUUAUCGUGAGAUGGCUGCUAGUAAAACGAAAACACGUGGCCGUCGUCGUAGGAAAAUGUCACCAGGUCAGCGAGGCAUUAAGAAAAAAUCGAAGGGCUCUGCACUUAUGGUAGAUAUUGAAGCAGCGGAUGAGACAAAAAACAAAGAAGAAACAACACCAUCCUUGAAUGAAGAAAGUAGUGCGACGGAUCAUGCCGUCGGCGGAAAAGAAGAACCUACAAGCAAGCCUGAUAGUCCGAAGAAGCUUGACGUCCCUAAAACGGAAUUAGACAGUGGAGAAAAACUUGAAGAUUUUGGAGGUAAAAAUAAUUCAUCGGUAGAGAAGGUUGCAAAUAACAAAGGGGUGAUGUCUGAUACUCAAGAGAAGGAUGCAUCAGUUAAAAAAGAAACCGAGCAGCAUACAUCUAUGGAAGAUGUACAUAAUAUAGGAAGACAGAGUAUAUCAACAGAUUUACAAUCUAUACAGUUGAAAGACUCUUCCCCUUUGAAAACACCUUCUCCUACACGUACUCUACGUACUCCGAUAGAAGAACGUAAAAAUAGUUUUUCUAGCAGAAAAGAAAAAGACGCUGCCUCUGCAUUAGCAAACCUAUCUUCUGUGGGUCGGUCGUUUCCUUCUGCAGGUUCAUCAGCAGUAGUGGCCGAGAAACAACUUACGGGUUGGGAUGAAAAAGAGGAGGCUCUUAUUUUGUCUUUAGCCCAUGGAAUGAAUUCAGUAAAACAACAAACCACACCCAGAAGAGCAUCAUCAGGCUCAAGAGGUGCUUUUAAUAAUCUGGAUUUUUUGUCCCCACAACUAGCUUCACCUUCUAAGAGAAGAGCGAGUGAAUGUAUCACACCUUCAAUUUCUAAAAUUCUCGAUCCACUCGUGAGCACCGAGCGCCCUCUUCAGUACCACACUGAAUCCAAUCUCAUUUUCCCAGGUCGAUUUCAGAUUCAAAAACUCCAUGAACGGGAUGUUCAUUCAUCAUCUUCACGGCCGCCUCAUCACUCGUUUGCAUCUAUUCAUACAUUGGCAGCUUUGGGUGAGGAAUUUGAAGAAGAGCAGACUGAUGAGGAAAAGGAAGAUUCAUUUUCUGAUAAAGAAAUGACUACCUAAGAGGUUCAUGGGUACAGUGUAAAAUGUUUAUUUUUUAUGGUUUACUUUUGCUUUUUCGCAGUUUGUUUGGUUUAAUGAGAUGUAAUGCAAGUGAUCAAGGUACUAUAUUGUCGAUACUUAUACUAAACAUCUCGUCUCUUUCUAAUGUACAAUACGUUAUUAUUUAUUUAUAAUGGUUUCCUACUAAUAUGACUAUAAUAGCUAGUGCCUUUUAUAUAGAAUUUUGUUGUUUUGUCGUUUAGUUAAUAACGAAAAACGAGAGUAUGGUGUAC